CAUAUAAAAGCUAAGGGUGCAGCUGUGCAGAAAUCAGUCGAUCGAUUGCUAACUUACCGAUUUCAAGGUAUAUCAAUCAGUCUAUAAAACAGUUUCGAGUAUGAAGUAUUUUUUGGCUUUGACUUUCGCUGCGGUCGCCUUUGCUGCCACAAUAAAAGGUCCUGACUUCAGGCCAUCACCAAUCACUGAAGACAGUGAAAUUGAAGUGAUCUACGAGAAUGAAGAUGGUACUCAAGAAAUUGCUCCUUUCUUCAUCUUGUCAUGGCAGGCACGUCGCAUGAUUCGCAAAUUGCAAAAGGAAAUGCCUUGUGGCUUCCCAGAAUACGGCAUUCCCCCACUAGCGCCAUUAAAGAAGAGCGAAGUUGAUGUACAUUUUGAAAGUGGAAUGCUGGAAACCUUUGAUGAGCUCAGCCGUUUGCGUCUGGAUGGCUUAGAUGAUUUCGUAAUCAAUAGAUUCAAGCUAAAUAUAAUUCUGUCGAAGGUCACUUUCGAUAUCACCUUCAGCAACAUUCGUGCUUCUGCAUCACACUACGACACUAAGACAAUUGUGGAUGGUUUGCGUCAGCUGGGUCUCUCCGUGCAAUACGAAGGUGAUGGUACUUUGGACUUUGGCUUGAAAAAUUUGCGUGUUGCUGGUACCUUGAAAUACAAGAUCCCUAUGUUGUGGGGAUCCAUGAGAAUUACCUCGUUGAAAGUUACCAUCACCGUAGAGAGUUGCAAUUCAGAAAUCAACGGUUUCUUCGGUGAAGGUAAAUUAAAUAGGCUGCUUAAUGACAAACUCGCAAGUUUGAUCGAAUCCGGCAUUAACGACAACCAACAAUUAAUCUCCGAGACCAUUGAGAACACUUUAGUGCCACGUGUAAACAAAAAGCUUAAGGGUAAAGAUUUCUGGACUAUUCUCGAUGCAAUUUUAUCUAGCGACGAUGGUACUAGUGAAGAUGACCCCAUUGUGACCAAGUGUGUGGCACCCGAAGAUCCUUGGGCUUAAAUAUAUUUUACUAGUUCAAAUAAAUGAUAAAAUUGUGUGAAUAACCAAACACAAGCAUUUUA